CCCCGGCCCCGCCCGCCCCUCCCGGUACCGUGCUCCACCAUGAUGAAGUUUCGGUUCCGGCGGCAGGGUGCCGACCCGCACCGGGACCGCAUCCGGCACGACUUGUUUGCCUUCAGUAAGACAGUGGAGCACGGCUUCCCCAGCCAGCCCAGCGCCUUGGCCUACGACCCUGUCCUGCGUGUGAUGGCCAUCGGCACCAAGGCUGGAGCUGUGAAGCUAUAUGGCGCGCCAGGCGUGGAGCUGACGGGCUUGCACAAGGAGACAGCCACUGUCACCCAGCUGCACUUCCUCCCUGGCCAGGGCUGGCUCCUGUCCCUGCUGGAUGACAACACGCUGCACCUCUGGGAGGUGUGCCAGAAGGAUGGAUGCUCCCACCUGGAAGAGACCCACAGCUUCGGCCUCCCGGGACGCCCAGGGUGCUCUCCUGGCAUCACCCGGGUGACAGUGGUCCUGCCCACAUCCUCCUGUGCAGUGGCCUGCCUGGGUACCGAGGGUGGUGCCGUGUAUUUCCUCGCCCUGCCCACGCUGGUGCUGCUGGAGGACAAAACCCUCUUCCCGGAUGAGGUCCUGCAGAGUGUGCCCGAUGAGUAUCGCUGCGGGAAGGCGCUGGGACCGGUGGAGUCCAUCCAGGAGCAUCCGCGCGACGGCGGCCGGCUCCUCAUCGGGUACAGCCGGGGGCUGGUGGUGCUUUGGGAGCAGAGCACACGUGUGGUCCAGCACCUCUUCCUUGGGAACCAGCAGUUGGAGAGCCUGGCUUGGGAGCAGAGCGGGAAGAGCAUGGUCAGCUCCCACAGCGAUGGGGGGUACAUGGUGUGGGCCGUGAGCGGUGCCGGACAGAAGAGCCAGCAGCCCGUCAUGUCCACCAUCCCCUAUGGUCCAUUCCCUUGCAAAGCCAUCAGCAAAAUCCUCUGGCGGACCUGCGAGUCGGGGAACCCCUUCAUCAUCUUCAGCGGGGGGAUGCCGCGGGCCAGCUAUGGGGACCGGCACUGUGUGAGCGUGCUGCAGGGCCAGACCCUGGCCACGCUCGACUUCACCUCCCGUGUCAUCGACUUCUUCACCGUGCACAGCCCCGAGGUGCCCGAGGGAGGCUUUGAGAACCCCCGUGCCCUCGUGGUGCUGGUGGAGGAAGAGCUGGUGGCCAUCGACCUGCAGACCCCGGGCUGGCCGACCAUCCCUGCCCCGUACCUGGCGCCGCUCCACUCCUCCGCCAUCACCUGCUCCUGCCACGUCUCCAACGUGCCCCUCAAGCUUUGGGAGAGGAUCAUCAGUGCCGGCGAGCAGCAGAGCCCCCGGCUCUCCUCUGCGGCUUGGCCCAUUGAUGGGGGGAAGAACCUGGCGCAGGAGCCUACGCAAAGGGGGCUUCUCCUCACGGGGCACGAGGACGGCACGGUGCGGUUCUGGGAUGCUUCUGGGGUCUCCCUGAAGCCCCUCUACAAGCUGGGCACCGCCAGCAUCUUCCAGACCGACUGCGAGCACAACGACAGCCUCAACCAGGCGGGCGAGGAGGAGUGGCCGCCCUUCCGCAAGGUGGGCUGCUUUGAUCCCUACAGUGACGACCCACGCCUGGGGGUGCAGAAGAUUGCUCUGUGCAAGUACACGGCCAAGAUGGUGGUGGCUGGGACAGCGGGGCAGGUGCUGGUGAUGGAGCUGAGCGACGAGAAGUCGGAGCACGCCGUGAGCGUGGCCACCGUGGACCUGCUGCAGGACCGCGAGGGCUUCACUUGGAAGGGCCACGACCGGCUGGCCCCAAGGAACGGCCCCUUGCCCUUCGCCCCCGGCUUCCAGCCCAGCGUCCUGGUGCAGUGCGUGCCCCCCGCCGCCGUCACCGCCGUCACCCUCCACUCCGAGUGGAACCUCGUGGCCUUCGGCACCAGCCACGGCUUUGGGCUCUUCGACUAUUACCGGCGCAACCCCGUCCUGGCCAGGUGUACGCUGCACCCCAACGACUCCUUGGCCAUGGAGGGGCCCCUGUCCCGCGUGAAGUCCCUCAAGAAGUCCCUGCGGCAGUCGUUCCGCCGCAUCCGCAAGAGCCGGGUGUCGGGCAAGAAGAGGCUCAGCACCGGCAGCCCCUCCAGCAAGGUCCAAGAGGCCAAUGCUCAGCUGGCGGAGCAGGCAGGGCCCCCCGAGGUGGAGAUGACGCCGGUGCAGCGCCGCAUCGAGCCGCGCUCCGCCGAUGACUCCCUCUCCGGGGUCGUGCGGUGCCUUUACUUCGCUGACACCUUCCUCCGAGACGCUGCCCACCAUGGCCCCACGAUGUGGGCAGGGACCAACUCGGGCUCGGUGUUCGCCUACGCCCUGGAGGUGCCGUCGCAGGAGAAGUUCUCGGAGCGGGCGGUGGAGGCGGUGCUGGGGAAGGAGAUCCAGCUCAUGCACCGUGCGCCCGUGGUGGCCAUCGCGGUGCUGGACGGGAGGGGGAACCCCCUGCCUGAGCCCUAUGAGGUCUCGAGGGACCUGGCCAAGGCCCCUGACAUGCAGGGGAGCCACUCCAUGCUCAUCUCCUCUGAGGAGCAGUUCAAGGUGUUCACCCUGCCCAAAGUGAGCGCCAAGACCAAGUUCAAGCUGACGGCCCACGAAGGGUGCCGGGUGCGGAAGGUGGCCCUGGUGAGCCUGGCGAGCGCCAGCUCCGAGGAGCGGCUGGAGAACUGCCUGGCCUGCCUCACCAACCUGGGCGACAUCCACAUCUUCACCGUGCCCAGCCUCCGGCCGCAGGUCCACUACGGCUGCAUCCGCAAGGAGGACAUCAGCGGCAUCGCCUCCUGCGUCUUCACCAAGCACGGGCAGGGUUUCUACCUGAUCUCGCCAUCCGAGUUCGGGCGCUUCUCGCUGAGCGCCAGGAACGUGACGGAGCCGCUGUGCCGGCUGGAGGUCGCCCGGCUCCAGGACACCUCGUGCCUCAGCAACAGCUCGAUGGCAACGCCGAAGCUGCCGCAAGCCAACGGUACCCACGUCCCGCGCAGCCCCGAGGGACCGCGCUCCCCCACCAACAGUGACCGGUCCCCUGAGGAGCACCCGGCCGCCUUCUCGCCCAGCUCCAUCGAUUCCCCCAACAGCAGCAUGGAGAACCCGCUGGACACCACCGGGGACAUCACCGUGGAGGAAGUGAAGGAUUUCCUGGCAUCCUCAGAGGAAGUGGAGAGGAACCUGAGGAACGCCAGCGAGGACGAGGCCCGGUCCACGGGGAUCCUCAUCAAGUGAGGCAGCGCCAGCCUCCCUGACCCAUCUCAGUGCUCGGAUUCCCGGGAUGUGUGACUCGACUGGACCCCCCCGAGCCCCCUCCCCAUGUAACGUAGACUCGUCUCUUCUCUAACACCCACCCGCUCCCCCCUGCCCGGCCCCGGUCCCG